UUAGUCCACGGGACUCUAAUCAGCUCAAGAAGUGUUGGGGGAACCUCAAACAAAAGUGGAAGAACGAGCGCUCGGACGAGAAGCGCAAGACCCACAAGACAGGUGAGUGUUCUGUCCCUGCUCGUCCAUGUUACUCGGAGUGAUCGAUCUAACCUAGCAUUUGCGAUUGGCGAAAGAUCAUAUUGGGAAACCUUUUCGCGCUUCCUUUUUGUCAGCGUGUGUCAUUCCGCAUUUUCUUCAGUUCAGUAUAUAGAAAGAUCGUGAUAUGCGCAAUGUUCCGAGUGCCGUGGAUUAUCCCGCUCCCGUUUAGAUCCACUUUAGCUAUGUUGUACUGAGGCACGCAGCAGAUGUCGACAUAUCUUCCGUAGGGGAAAUAGUUGUUUUGCAUGCGAAAUGGCAUAAUAUGGCAUUGUUGCAGUUUACUCUUACGGCGUUAUUGCCUUAUUGAUCAACCUACCUUUCUAUUUUUUACCCGUGUCACAAAAAUAUCGUGCUAAAACGUCCCAGCCUCGUCUAUGUACAGGAGUGUUUCUUUAGAAUAUUCAGUAUGUGCCUAUAUCUCGACUGCUUUAAUCAAGUGACUUGACAUACACGAUUGUUCCUUAGGAGGGGGGCCGCCCCCCACACCCAUGAGCGCAAUUUCUGUGCUUGUGGGGGCAGUAGCGGGGCACAUGGCCACCCGCCUUGACAACGAUAACGACUCCGACGGAGUCGCCUAUCUGCCCCCUGUCCAGAACGAGCCAGUGGUGCGGCUGCUGGAGGGCAUGGUCGACUGCGACCCAGUGUACGAGUAUGCAGGGGACAACUACCUACCUGGCAGCCCUUCUAUGGACGUCGCCGAGCCAGAGGCAAGUGCCAGUGUCACAGCAGCUACAGGAGCAGACCCGGGUCCCCCCACCGAGCAGACCGUACCUGCUCCUGCAGCUGCUUCAAGCUGCAGCAGCGACAGGGUGGCGGCGACUCAGGAUGAAGGCAGGCCGGCCAGAGGGAGAAUGGUGCUCCUAGAGCAGGCUCUCUCAGCAGAGAACGACGUACGAAGUUCUCUGCUGAGGGCAGAGUCUGCCAUUCGAAUCAAGCUCCUUGAAGAGGAGCAGCAGAUGAAGGUGGCAGAGCACCAGAUGAAGGUGGCAGAGCACCGUGUGCGGCUCCAGGUGGAGCAGACGAACUUAAAAAUUGCGGAGUGGAAGCUCAGGGAGCUUCAGCAGGGAGGCGAAAAAUAA